AUGUAACUAACCAUCACAUGAAAUACAUGGAAAAUAGAAACAACGUCACAGAGUUUGUUUUGCUGGGGCUUACAGAUAAUCCAAAGAUGCAGAAUAUCAUAUUUGCUGUCUUUUUUGUCAUCUACGUCAUCACUGUGGUAGGAAAUGUGCUCAUCGUGGUCACAAUCACUGCCAGCCCAUCACUGAGGUCCCCCAUGUACUUUUUUCUGGCAUAUCUCUCCUUUAUUGAUGCCUGCUAUUCCUCUGUCAAUACCCCUAAGCUGAUCACAGAUUCACUCCAUGAAAAGAAGACCAUCCUGUUCAAUGACUGUAUGACUCAAGUCUUUGGAGAACAUUUCUUUGGAGGAGCAGAGGGCAUCCUACUUACUGUGAUGGCCUAUGACCGCUAUGUGGCCAUCUGCAAGCCCUUGCACUACACCACCAUCAUGAACCAGCGUGUAUGUGGCCUUCUGGUAGGAGUGGUGUGGGUGGGAGGCUUUCUUCAUGCAACCAUACAGAUCCUCUUCAUCUUCCAGUUACCCUUCUGUGGCCCUAAUGUCAUAGAUCACUUUAUGUGUGAUCUGAACCCUUUGCUCAAUCUUGCCUGCUCUGAUACCCACACUCUGGGGCUCUUCGUUGCUGCCAACAGUGGGUUCAUCUGCCUGUUGAACUUCCUCCUCCUGCUGGUCUCCUAUGUGGUCAUCCUCCGCUCCUUAAGGACCCACAGCUCAGAAGGGAGGCGCAAAGCCCUCUCCACCUGUGUCUCCCACAUCACAGUGGUCGUCUUAUUCUUUGUGCCCUGCAUAUUUGUGUACAUGAGACCUGCAGCUACUUUACCCAUUGAUAAAGCGGUUGCUAUAUUCUACACUAUGAUAACUCCCUUAUUAAACCCCUUAAUCUACACCUUGAGGAAUGCCCAGAUGAAAAAUGCCAUUAGAAAAUUAUGUGUUAAGAAAGCUAUUUCAGGUGACAAAUAAAUGUGCUUAAAGCCCAACACUGAUUUAAGUGAAGCAGGUGUCAAAAGAAUAUUUUGGAUAA